CUGUCCUGUAGCGACGGGCCUGCUUAUAUCUUUAUGGUUCUUAUUACAUGUUACAUCAUUCAUUAUUUGUUUUAAUAUUAGCUGUAUUAGCAUGACCACUUAGGAAUUUUCUUCUAGUCACGGUACAAAUUUGUAGCCUCUGCAGAUGUUUGUUCAAAGAGCUUUGUUAUUGAUGACAUUUAUUUGUGCUUUUUACUAAUUUGUUUUAUAUAAGCUGUUUAUUCAUUUAAUCAUUAUGUAAUUGUUCUCAUCUUUAAGUUUUUCUUUCAUUUAUAUAUCUGCAAAGACUUGUUUGUUGUUUGCUGUUCUUUGCCAACCUUUGCCAUUCUUCACCGCUGACAGUUUUUCACCCUCCUAGGCUUAAUUUACCUGCUAAUAAAUAUGACAUGUUGUAACACCUCCUUUUGAACCCCCCUAGGCUUAAUUUACCUGCUAAUACAUAUGACAUGUUGUAACACCUCCUUCUUCAAGUCUCUGCCCAUUUCCCCCAUUUUCAAGGUAACUUGCUUUUAAAAAAUAUACUCCUUACCGCAGCUACUUACUGAACCUUAUUUGACAAAAUUCUAUCUUUCAGAUGGAAGGAUUCGGCUUCAGCGGAGUGACAGAGAUAGUGAAUGAGAUGUAUAAGAUCCCUGUGUUGAUAUCCAAGGGCAUGUUCCAGCUCUAUUCCAGUCACAUGGAGAUCCUGGCUGUAGUUGGAGGGUGUUUCAUCAUAUGGAAUGUUUCCAGAUUUCUUCACUUCUGGUAUUCAAUGAUACAGCAAUAUGCCAUUCCUUGUUUUCUAAGCAGGACCAAGCAUAUCAGACAGUAUGGAGAAUGGGCUAUAGUUACUGGAGCCACAGACGGCAUUGGUAAAGCAUACGCAGAGGAAUUGGCAAGUCAUGGUAUGAACAUCAUCCUGGUUAGCCGCAACCCUGAGAAACUGAAGAAAGUAUCUGAAGACAUUGCUGCGACUUACAAAGUAAAAACUCAGUUCAUAGUGGCUGAUUUCAGCCUGGGACGUGAAGUCUAUCCGCAUAUUAAGGAGGCUCUGAGAAAUGUAGAAGUGGGUAUUUUAGUUAACAAUGUUGGAGCGUACAAUGAGUAUCCACAGAUCACUACAGAGGUUCCAGAAGAAAAACUAUGGGAAAUUAUUAAUGUCAACAUUGCCGCAGCUGUCAUGAUGGUUCAUAUCGUUCUCCCAGGGAUGGUACAGAGGAAGAGAGGAGCCAUUGUCAAUGUGUCCUCUGCAACUUCUUGCAAACCCACCCCUCUAAUGAACAUGUAUGCAUCUUCCAAGUUGUUGUUAUCUUAUUGGAUUCCGGAAUGGCUCUGGGUAUCAAUAAUUACGUUUCUCUGCAACAGCGCUCGCAUGGUGCGCAAUCAAAAACCAGUGAAGUUAUAAAAAUCCACCAAAUUUCUCCACUGUUGAAUAUGUAAAAGAUUUGUAAUCCUCAAUAUUCUAUACUUAUAUUUCCUCUUUAUAUUCCAAAGUAUAUUGGGCCAGAUUCACAAAAGAGAUACGACGGCAUAUCUCCUGAUACGCCGUCGUAUCUCUGUUU